AUGUUUUGGGAUUUCUCGGCUCUCUUACAAAACAUAAAUUCGAACAAGAAAAUGGUCAUCUCUGUUACGAGGAAGCCUCUACCCUUGUCUUCUUUAAAUCACAUAUCUCUUGUCUGCAAAUCCCUAGAGGAAUCAGUCAAUUUCUAUAAAAAUGUGUUGGGUUUUGUUCCAAUCAAGAGGCCUGGGUCCUUUGGCUUUGAUGGAGCCUGGUUGUUUAAUUAUGGAGUGGGCAUACAUCUUCUGCAAUGUAACAACACAGACAGUUUGCCCAAGGAAUCAGAAAUCGAUCCAAUCGAUAAUCACAUAUCAUUUCAGUGUGAAAGUAUGGAAGUAGUGGAGAGGAUAUUAGAGGACAUGAGGAUCAAGUACGUGAAAAGACGAGUGGAGGAAGGGGGAUUAUAUAUUGACCAGAUAUUUAUGCACGAUCCAGAUGGUUUCAUGAUUGAGAUUUGCAACUGUGAGAAUCUGCCGGUUGUGCCAUUGGGAUCUUCUACCUGUCUGAGAUUACCAUCCGCCAUUAAGCAGAGCAAUAGUAAACAGUCUCUGCUAAAGCUUUCAAGCAAUACAGGAGGACAUCAUGAAGGCCUUCCCAUCUAUGGCUAA